AAAUUUAUUCUUACAUAAAAAUUUAAAAAGAUACUUUUCAAGAUGUCUAACCGUUUGGAAAUUAUUGAUAAAGUUGUACCAUAUGAUACUAAUAUUACCGGUUAUAAAAAAUGUAUGAGUUGUAAAGAAUCUCCCAAGAUAUUUCCAAACGAGCCUAGUCGACGUGAAUACCAAGAAAUGACUGGAAUUUGUCCCUGUUGUUGGGAAAUAUCACUUCUUGGACCUGAUGAUGGGGAGGAAGAGAUUGAACAUGCUAAAAAGGUGCUACUUUUCUACGGUCGCAAGUUUAUAUUGCAGGAUCAGCCACCGCACUCAUGGCAAUGUCUUAAAUGUAAAAAAAUCGUCCAAGGUGAAGAAGUUAAGAGACCGCACAUAUGCGCAACUGAACAAACUGAGGUAACUGGGGUAACUGAAGGGGUAUGCAAAAUAUGCAUGAAUAGCUGUAAUAUGAAAUGCAGUAAAUGUAAAUCAGUGUACUAUUGUAGCAAGGAUUGUCAGAAGAAGGACUGGCCAAAGCACAAAAGAGAAUGCGUUAGUAACAUAAAUACUUAGUAUUAGUAUUAUUCUUUUUGUUUAAUUUAUUAAACUAUUGUAUUUAUUAUGUAAUUUUAUUUUUUGAGCAAUAAAGAU